AUGGAUUCUAGCAAUAUCAUGCAAAUGCAGAUGAAUGGGGAAGGAUUUGGCACACCCAUUAAGAAAGCAAGUGUUCCUCUCUCUUGUUCGUCUUUUACACCUGAAUGUGAAGAUAAUUUGAAGCCUAAAUUGGGGAUGACAUUUGAAGGACUAGAGGCCGUGGAGAAGUUCUACAAGAACUAUGCACAUGAAUCUGGUUUUGGAGUUCAUGUUGGACAGCAGAAGAAGCUAGACAAAGAGGUAGUUCGCACUAAACGAUACAUGUGUAAUAGGGAAGGAUUGAAGUCUGAGAAAGGUAAAGAGGUUGCUGGGCCAUCAAAGAAAAUGCGUAAGAACACGGCGACAAGAUGUGGUUGUGAUGCUUAUAUCUUUGUGAAGUUGUGUGGUAAUGAUACCUACAAGAUAGAGUCAUGGGUUGAGCAGCACAAUCAUGGUCUUGUGUCACCUGAUAAGCGUCAUUUGAUUAGAUCAAAUUGUCAAGUUAGUGAGAGGGCAAAGAAUGCAUUGUACACAUGUCACAAAGCAAGCAUAGGCACCUGUCAGGCUUACAGGCUCCUCCAAGUCAGUGAAGGCGGGAUUGAUGGUGUUGGAUGCACAAAGAGAGACUUCCAAAACUACUAUCGCGACCUCAGAUAUAAAAUCAGGAACGCAGAUGCGCAAAUGUUUGUUGCCCAACUAGCUAGAAAGAAAGAAGUUAAUUCAGCAUUCUUCUAUGAUUUUGAAGUGAGUGAUGAAGGAAACUUGAUGUACGUGUUUUGGGCAGAUGCCACAAGUAGGAAGAACUACAAACACUUUGGUCGCGUGGUCUCGUUCGACUCUACCUACACUACAAACCAAUAUGACAUGAUAUUUGCACCAUUUACAAGGGUUAACCAUCAUUUACAAAGUGUGUUUUUUGGUGCUGCAUUUUUACUAAAUGAGCAGGAGGAGUCAUAUGUUUGGUUGUUUAAGACCUUCCUGAAGGCAAUGGGAGGUGAAGCGCCAGGACUCAUCAUAACCGAUGAAGCUCGUAGCAUUAAAAAUGCAAUUGAUAUAGUUAUUCCAGGCAUAAUACACAGAUUGUGCAUGUGGCAUAUAAUGGAUAAACUUCCAGAGAAAGUUGGGCCAAUGAUCAGAGAAGAACCUCAAUUCUGGAAGAGGAUGAACGCAUGUGUAUGGGUGACAAGCCUAUGGUCAAAGAACUUCUUCGCAUUGGUGCCCAAUUUGUUGGGUACCGUGAAUAUGCUAGUAAGACUGAAGAAACUGGAGCAGAGUGAACUGGCUCGCAAGAAGGCUGAACUUGACGCCAGCCAAGCUAAAGCAAAGGCUAAGGAAGCCAUAGCCAAGGCUGCUGGUGUCGAAGAGCUGCAAAAGAGGCUGGCUGAUGCCGAAACUGCUUUAACUGACCACAAAGCUUCCCAAGCUUCUCGUGAAAAGGCGAUCACCAAGCGUUUGAUCGCACAGAACCGGCGCUUUGUCGCCAAAACAAACCAAGAUUUUGAGCUUGAAGAUCCCGACGAUGAUCCUCUUCUGGACGCCCUCUCUUUCCUGGAAUUUCAUGGAACUGAACCACAAACUCUUCCUGAGCUAAUGGAGAGAUUUAAGGAUCCCCACAAGAUCCAUGGUUUUGUCAAAGAUCAACUAGUUGCUGGCGCCAGAGAAAGUGUUUACGAUGUUCAGGGUAAUCUUCUAGAAGAGAAGCCCGUAGACUGUUUGGAUGCAGCUGCAAGGAAGAAGAUUUCAACAGUACGCAACAAGUUGAAAGAUCUAAUCCAAACAGCCAAACAAUCAAAUGAAGGCAUGGACUUUUUAUUAUCAAGUGUGUUGAGUAUUGAGGAGCCUCUAAGGCAAAAGGUUCCUGCUGCGGUCAAGCACACUAGGCAAGAGGAAUACGAGGCUUUUAUUGGUUGCAACAUUCCUAAUGAAAUCAACAUACACCCGCCAAACGAUGUUCGUUCGGUAGGGAGAAGUAAAAGAAUAAAGAGAGGAAAGGAGAUGUAUGUGGAAGAACAGAAAAAGAAGAAGAAACAAGUCAAGCCCAAGGUCGCACGCAUGUGCAGAACGUGCAACACGCUAGGAUUUCAUGAUAGUCGCAAAUGCCCAAGCAAAAAUGUUCAAGAAAAAGAAAUAAAUGUGCAAGACAUGCAUACUGAUGGUGCAUCAUGA